UAUUAUCACUUUUUAGAAGCACUCAAUAGAUAAAAAGCCUAUAUUUGCCUAUAUUAAUACAGAAAACAAGGUGAUAAGAUAAUACAUCAGCUUAGGAUAUAAACAAUGGAUAUUUGUUAUACUUGAACACUUUAUCUGUGGCAUUUUAUUAAGGUUUAGCCGUUUCAGUAAUCUUUACAGUGAUUUAGAUCUAAUUUAAGGCGUAAUAAGGAAACCGACCUUGUAUAUAAAAAAAGAAAAAAUGCCACACCACCACGAUCACCACCACCAUCACCACCACCACCACAAUCGUGGAAUAAUUGGUGAGAUCAUCCACGACGUGCUACAUCCCAAUCACCAUCAUCACCACCCUCCACCACCACCGCCAAUAAUUCCAGUACCAGUUCCAGUUCCGACAAACUACGGGCCACCUCCUCCUUACUACGGACCACCAAUGCCACCGCCACCACAAACCUGGUAUGGACCAUACGGACUACCACCUUGCGGUCAUUCGGGAUAUAGCCACGGGUGCCAUCACUGCCACCACCAUCACCGUCGUCAUUAUUGCUAAAAAGACUUGGUUUAAACAAUUGUCAGUUGUACAUUGUACAAUAAUAGUACUUAUAAGAUUUUAAUAAAGUACUAUUUACUGGACUAGGUGUCGAAAUUUAUACUUUGUUGUACAGUAGUGCACGUAUUGGAUCUUGUAUUCGAGUUUCCUUAGACAGUAUUAGACACUAUGAUUUUAGCAUAGCAAUUUUAUUAUAAAGAUUAUAUUUUUGCACUUCUAUAAAUAAGAAAAAAUAAUUUCAAACAUAUUUUUAUUUGAACUUAAUUUUACCUUGUAAUAAAUUCAUCUUGUGAACAAUAUGUCGUAUGAUUUUUACAGCAUUACCAACAGAACAGAUAUCAAUAGAUUUCGUUUUACUCUUCUGUCAAUGUUUUCGGCGAAAUACUUAAGUUAAUGGAGAACAGAAUGAUCAUUAAGACUGUAUACAAGACAAGAUAUGUCAGGAUAUAAAGAGAAAUACAAAAUAAAAUAAGCAAUGCAAAGGAAAAUUAGUUGAAUGAAGUCACCGGGAGCUAAAGACGCAGGCACGGAAAUAAUCUAAUUGAUGGCAAAGGCAGAUAGCAGCAGACAACGUAACAAAAAUACAAACAUGAAAAUAAUGCAUACAGCCUUUUGAAAGAUGAAAGACUAGGUCCAACACUAUCAGACGAACCAGGCAGCGGACUAAUGAUAAAUAAAUGAAGAGGUAAUAUUAUAUGCGCUCAUGAAUAUGAACAAUGGAAUGGCUCAUGGCCCGGACAAGAUGCCUGUUAAACUACUAAAGUUGUUAAACGAAGACCAUUGGUGCUUACUAAGCUUUUUAAUACAGUCUAUGAAACAGGAGAAAUACACUGAAAUUAUUUGUAAAAAUUAUACACAAGGCAUUUGACAGAGUUAGGUACCUAUCUACAACCAACUCAUGACAAUUUUGAAACAAAAACAAAUUGACAAGCGAGAUAUAAGAAUAAUAGGAAACUUAUUAUAACCAAACAGUGCACAUAAAAAUUAACACAAAAACGGAGAACAUCAAAAUUAACAGAGAAAUACGGCGAGGUUGCAUUAGUUAUUAGGUAUGCAAGAGGUAUUAGAUAACGAAACAGCUGGCGAGGUAGUAAACCGAUUACCUAUUAAUAAUUUGAGGUAUGCAGAUGAUACCGUCUUAAUGGAAUGGCAGAUAAUGGCUUAUACGUCAAGUUUACUUUAUUGUUUAAAUAUGAACUUAUAUAAAACUAUGUGUCUAAUCUUUACCAAGAAACCAAAUAAUAAGACCUAACCAACUAUCAUAAGGAUUAACUACGCAGACAAAAUUACGAUUGAAGAAAUUUUGCGAAGACUUUCAAAAGAAAGAGAACUAAAAUACCUACGAUUAAAAAGAUUCGUACAAUGAUUCGCCAUAUUCUUUGACACCAACUUGUGAAGGAUCUACGGAAGAUAGGGAAAAUCCCCCAACAAGGUCCAGAAUUAAAGAAAAAAAUUAUUGAUUAUUACUUCUUUUUAUAAAUAUGAUAAUGUGAAAGUUAUUAAAUAAAAACUGUUCUUUGACUUCUUCGUAAAAACCAGUGGAAAAAUAUCGAAAAUAAAACUCAAACAAAAAUUUAGCCCGUUUGAUGAAGACAAGAGUUUCAGUUUUCUUUUUAUUUUUUAAGUUCUAGAAAACACACACAAAACGUUAACUGAAAUGUACGUUUAAUGGAAAACAGCCAUAUUAACAUAUUUGGUCAAUAUCGCAUCCCUUAUUAAUUCUCUCGCGCUACGCCCCUGGUCAGCAGUAAUUUAAUGGUGGCAACAUUGAAAUUUAAUUGUUGUCUUGGUUUGUUUUCGUUUUCUGUUUUUUAUUGAAAGAUUGAAGUAAAUGUAAAAUAUGGCAGUUGAGAUCCAAGUAAAUAACCAUCCGAUUUUAGCCAUCCACAGAUCUAUAUGCAGAAUUUGUUUAAAUACUACAGAACCCUUGAAUUUGUGGCAAGAUUACGAGAAUUUAAAACAGUUGUUUGAAAAAAUAACUGGUAUAAAGAUUGAAGGUGUGAAAGGGGUUGACAGAUAUAUUUGCACAAAGUGUGUUGGACAACUUCAAAAUAUUUAUCAAUUUAUAGACAAAGCAACUUAUAACGAUAGUUUAAUUAAAGACACAUUGCAUUUUUGUGAUAUUACACCUUUUGGGAAUACACAAAUAGAAAUACACCAUGAUGACAGAGACAGAAACGAUCUUCAUCAAUCUUCUCAAAAUAAUAAUUUGAAUGGAACUGAGUCCCAUAUAGACUUGACUGAAGAUAGCCUUGAAGAAAUAAUACAGAUUAAAUGUGAAAAUGAUGAUGAUAUUAAUGAAGUAAGAUCAUCUGAAGCUGAUGAUUGUUUUAUAGAGGAAAAUUUCGCAAUUAAUGAUACCGAUUCUAAACUGGAGUCUGCAGAUGUAAAGCCUUAUAUGUAUCAGUUUUCAAAGAAAACCACGGACACCAACACAGAUCAUACAAUGACCUUAAGACGUAAAAGAACCAAAUCUAAUAAACUACGUGUACCGGACUACUUACGGCCGUUCGAAUGCCCCAUUUGUUCGCGCAGGUUCACCCAGAAGGGGAACAUGCACACCCACAUGAGACUCCACACGGGCGAAAUGCCGUUCCAAUGUACUUUUUGCUCGGAUAGAUUUCGCCAACUCAGCAAUCUAAACCAACACAUCCUUACUCACACUUCCAACAACAAAGUCUGCAGUAUAUGUCUAAGGAAGUUCGAAACGGACGAAGAACUCAUACAGCACAGGUCUACGCAUGCGCUGGAAAACAAACAGUACGUGUGCUAUGUGUGCUCGAAGAGGUUUAGCUACCAGUGGAGUUUGAGCAGUCACUUGCAGAUACAUAAAAAGGGUACUAAAAAUGAGAGUAAUUUGGAAGACACGGCAGGAGAAGACAAGGAAGUGGUGGUUUUGAUACCAUGAAAGAUUUCUUGGAAUUACUUGUGUUUAUUAAAGUCUUAAAAAGCAGGUGAACGAUUUUCACAAACUGUUUAUAUCAGUAGAAGUUUUUUGUACAGUUCAAAUGAAACAGCAAUAAACGAUUAUUCAUAAACUGUUAUCGAAUGUUCUUCUCUCUUGCUGUUGUUUAAAGGCAAAGAGGUGUACAUAAUGCAGUAAACUGCAUGUUGUUUAUGAUAUGCUAUUAAUGACGUCACGCUGUAAAAUUAUACUCAAUUACAGUACAACUAUGUUAAAAAUUUAAGGCGACCCUCAAAAAGAUGCACAAAAAACCAAAGUUACGAAGAGGGCGCUUUCUCUAAAGAAUGCCAAGAAACAAAAAGUGUUUAUUUUUGCCAAAUUUACCUACAAAAAGUUUUUCAAUAAAAAGUUUUUAACUUUUUUUAUUUUGCAAUAAAUUGUUAUUAUAGUUCAAACCAAUCCCUUCUUUCAGUGCGUCACCGUUUAUCGAAUUCUCCCUAACGCAUUAAGGUGGAAUUACAGAAAAAAGGUACGUCUGGGAUUAUUAUACAUAGAACUUAAAAAGUUAUGUAUUCGUUCACGGGUAGUUGCAUAUUAAAGCAACUUCUACUUAUGGGUGUAUAAUAAUAGGGAACUUGCACAUUUUUUUAUUACAUAAUAAUGUUCAGUUUUCUUUAAAAAUGAGAUUUCCAAAAUUUCACGCUUCAAAAACUCAUAAUAACUUAGAAGUACAAAUUUAAAAUCUUCUGUGUAUUUAAAAUAGUUCAAACUACCCGUGACGUCACAUAAUUAUACUUUAUUUAUGUUUAUGGCUAUGUUUAUAUUUUAAUGACAUUAAUCGUAUGUCAUUGCAUAUGUCAUUGCAUAGCAGUUUGUUGAGAUUUGAGUUUGAUACGGUUUUUGAAGGAAAGGAAAGAAGGUUUACUAUGGAAAAUAAAAGAAAACACUAUAAGUGUUGUUUAGUGCCAUUUUGUAAAAGUACAACUAUUAAAAACCCCAAUAAAAUAUUUAUUGGAUUACCAGCCGAUAAAAAACGGCUAUUGAAGUGGUUACUUGCAUGCCGAAAAAACGUUUAAAAUAUUUCAGUUAAUACACAAGGUCUUCAUGUAUGUCAAGAUAAUUUUAUCGUAAACAUAAUGGCUGUUGUCUGCUAACAAAAACACUUAAAUAUUAGUUCGAAAUUGUCUUAACAAAAACACUCAAAUAUUGGUCAGAAAUAGCAACUAUCAAAAUAUUUAUAAAACUGAGUGUCAGUGUCAAAACGAAUGCCAAACCUACUUAAUUAAUGGCCAGGACAUCCAAUACUACAAUGAUAAUAUGUGGUCACGACCAAUAAGGGCGCGUUUUGCGCCCUCAGUGUUUAAUCGUGUUUAGGGGCCAAACGAAAGACAAAAAAAGCUUUUUUUCUUUGAUAUAUGUUUUAAGUUAUGUUCUGUUGUGAUUUAUAGCAUUUUUUUUUCGAAUUUAAAAUUCUAAGCAAUUUCCCUAUUGGUUGACCUCUAGAAUACGCUAAAUCGAUAACCAAUCAACGAUAUGAAUAAAGAUAAUUUGACGCAAAAGUUCUCGAUCGUGACAGUAGAUUCACAAUGUCAACGGGUAAAAUGAAAAUUGUCAUUCUAGGUUAGUAUAUUUCGACCUUAGAAUAUAAAAUAAACAGGAAGGAGUCUGUCAUAUAUCAACAACACCUUAAAUUUCUAGCGGAACCGGCCAUCUUUAACGUCUGUGGAUGACUCAUAAGUUUUUGUCAACGAGGUAGAAGGUGUUUGUGUAUUGGAUCAGCUGUGUGCAUAGGCGUACCAUCUGGUAAAGCUCCUGUAUAUGCAAUCAAUUAUCUGAAGUUAUUAGUAUAAUAAAAUGUUAUUUAACUGACUUUUAAACAAAAUAUUAUAUUAAUACGUAUUUUCUCUUGAUCUAUAGCUGUUUGUUUAACAUCAAAGAUGUAAUAAAAUCGUUAAGAAUUUCUUUUCUUUCCUUUUUCAAAAGUACGUCACUGGAGAUAGAAAGGAAAUCUGGCAGCUGAUCGCCAUUUGCAACCUCCUUCCUGACUCGAAAUCAUUUCGCAUUGUACUCCUUCCUGGUUUAUUUCAUAUUCUAAGAUUUCGACAUUGUAUAAUGAAAAUUGUAUUUUAUAUUUAUUUAUGUUUUCAUUAAAAUAUCUUAAAUAUUAAUAUUCUGGCAAAUAUUUCUAUAAAUAUAAAUAUUCUGGACAGUCAGAUUUAACUAAACUGUCAAUGAUUCGCGACAUUCUUAAAAUCCUAUAUAAUGUCAAAAUUAAUGACACAUUGAAAGAAGAGUUUGGUUUGAACUAUACCAGAUUAUCUGCUAUUCAUACAAAAAAAAAAUAUUUAGUUUUUUUGUUUCAAAUGAUAUAAUAAAUAAUCGAUUACCUACACUGGUUUGCAUAAGUAGUUAUUGGUGGUGCGCCUGUCACUUAUUAUUAGGCAUAUCACUACAUUGCAUAGUUAUAUUGUUACUCUUAGAAUUUUUUUUUAAUUUCGUAUUUCAUUAAGGGAAUAGGCGCAAAAUUUCAGCUCCAAUGCUAUUUAAACGCAUUCAUUUUUUUCGCAUGCUGAGAAAACUAAUAAGUAUUUUUGAAAAAUUUAAAAUAAGUCACAGGGGUGAAAAAGAAGAGAAAAUUUAGUAUGAUUUUUAAUUUCAAAUAUAUCAUUCAAAAGAAACUUUUUGAUUAUUCUAAGGGACUUUCUAACCUCGAUAAUAAUGUAGUAUUUCAUUCUGCGUUUAAAUUUUUCAAAAAUAUUUAUUAGUUUUUUCAGGAUUCGAAAAAAAUGAACACCAUGUCUGUGGUGAUAUUUUCCAUAUCGAACAUUCGCUAUCUUUGUCAUACAAUGCACUCAUUCGAACAGAAUGUGUGACAAGACAGUGAAAAACAAGGCUACUAAAUAUUUGAUAUGGCUUCAGGAAUAUUUUGAGUUGUUUAUUAAAUUAUAUUGAUAGUGUAUCUGAUAAUUAAUUGAUUUAAGACAUGAAAUUAAUAAAAAGUUUUUUAUUGUUUAUUAUGUAUGGAAGAUCCAAUCAGAGAAUACACCAGAAUAUAUUCUGCGAUCCAAGUAUUUUGAUGUUAAAGAUGUUCUCCAAAUUUAUCUAAGCGUUCCAUAGUAUCAAUAUAUUAUGAAAAAAAUAACUUUUUCUCUUUUCUGGAGUAUUAGUUUUUAUUGCAUAGUAUAUAAAUUAUUGUAAUAACUGAAUACAUAGUUAGUGGAAAAAUAAUCAUAUUAAUUAACUGAAUUAGUAAUUGAAGCGAUUAAACAAGUAACGGUUAUUCAAGAACAUUCAAAAGCCAUCUCAAUGAUUAGAAUUUUACGACAUGUAAUUUAUCGUGUAAAGAAAGAAAAAGAAGGGAUAGCUGUAAAAUAUUUGCGCCUACGCUCUUAAUAAAUCAAGGUCGAUAUUAUUUUUCAGACCAAAUACAUGGAAUACUAAUAUAAAAAAAUGCAGCAUGACGUCACAAUAAUAUGGCGUACUACAAUUUUUGUCGUACUAAACUUUCUGCAAUAUUUGUACCUACAUGUAUAAUAUUUGCUUCGUGUAGUAUAAUAUACGAUUUGAAGAUUCUCUUCCGUUCUGAUCUUUUUAGUGGUCAAUGUGAUACAUAUGAUGAAAUAUUUUUCUUUUAUUUAAAUGUGUGAACGAAUCAAUUGUUAAUUUCAUUUUUUUGUGUAAUGAGUGUGGACUUUUGUGUUUCUAUGUAGAUCGAAUACUUGGGAAUAAAUAAAUGAGUAAAGACUGA